AGGGUUUUAACAUCGAAACAACUCGUAUCUUCCACGUAAGCAGCCCGCAGUUUUCACAUCUUUUCGUCAUAACUGUCGACAGUUUCCGUCCGAACAGGAGAACCAGGAGAGUGGGGACCGAUACAGGGUCUAAGCCUUGCCUAAUGGACGAGGUGACAGGAGAUAUUGAGAUCCCAGCUGACCAACAGAAACAGGGACUGGCUGGCAAGAUGAUGACCCUCAGCAGCCCAGCUGCCCGUGAGUGGCUUGAAAAGAGGCGGGGCAACGUACGACCAUGGGCAGAGUUCAUCGCCACGGCGAAGUUCCGUGCUCCAGCAAACCCGGCUGCGUGGGGCAAGCGGGUGAUGAAGAACGUUGAGUACUACCAGAGUAACUACCUGUUUGUGUUCCUGGGCCUGGUGGUAUACUGUAUCCUGACCAACCCUCUCCUACUCAUCGCCCUGGCUGCCUGCCUGGGGGCAUGCUACAUCAUCAAGAUACGCAGCGACGAGAAGAAACUCAUGCUCAUGGGAAAGGAGCUUAGUGUUGCCCAGCAGUACGGGGUUGUGGCGGUGGCGUCGUUCCCGCUGUUCUGGCUGGCGUCGGCGGGCACGGCCGUGUUCUGGGUCAUCGGAGCCUCGUUCUUCCUCAUCAUGCUGCACGCCUCGCUCCACGUGGAGGGUGGCGAGGACGAGACGGAACCCAUGCUGGAGGAGAUCGUGUAACCAUGGAAACGGUGUUCCCAUGGCGAUGAGAUGACAAUGUAUAGACAUUAUAACGGACAACACUUACAGAUAUGAUGGUCACAUGGUAGGCAUGGCAACAGACAUGGAGGUCACAACUACAUUACCAUAGUGAUAGGACAGACAUGAUUGUGUGGCCAUGGCAACUGUUACCAUAGUGACAGAGCAGACAUGGUGAUUAUGUAGCCAUGGCAACAGUGUUACCAUAGCAAUAGGACAGAUAUAAGGAUUUUGUAGCCAUGGCAAGUGUGACCAUAGUGUUGGGACAGACAUGAUGAAUGGGUGAUUAAUAUGCAGAUUAUCACCUUUAAUUUUCCAUAGCUGUUGUUUCAUUCCUGUAUCUAGAAUCAUGUCACCAUGGCCAUGAGAUGUGAAUGUGAUCAUGACAAGUUGUGUACUUUGUGACAAGUACCAUGACAAGUUACCAGUGACAGACACAGUCAGGGACUAGAGUAAAAUUCUAGUAAUGGAUAUACAGUUGUAAAGACAAAAGACAGAUGAGAAUGGAUUCUAUUUUUCUUUAGGGUCUUUCCCCAAUUCUUAAUUAGUUUCUUCCUAGUAGACGUAUGGCUAUAUUAUAUAUAUACUGUAUAAUUAUGGUACUUGGUCCUAACUUUCUUGCCAUUUGUGCCUGUCAACUUCCAUCUGUGCAAUAGAACAUCUGUGGAAAGAUGUUAAUAUAACUUAUAUUAUACAUGUAUGUUUAGUUUUCUACCAACUUGGACAUAAACCCUUGGUAUAAAGAAAGCUUGCUAGCCUUUUUGUGGGCUCUAUGCCUGGGGCUUUUUUGGGUAGGAGGAUUCCAUGCUGCAUUUUUUUUAAUGGUAUAUCACUUCUAUUUUAAUGUACUCAGAUUCUUAUACUGGCCAAAUAGAAGUGAUAUUACCAGAAAAUUUGUAUUGUGAAUCAGAUGCCCCCACCCAAAUAAGCCCCAGUUAUAAAACCUUUCAAGAAGGCUAGACUUGUGUGUUGUUGCAGUUUUGUGCUAUACUAUAGCAGAAAAGACGUGUUGGGGAGCUGUACUGGUGUUUAAGUUACAUCAGAUGUGGAAAUAUGUAGAAAUAUUUAGUUGUGCACUAAAUUUUUGUCAUGAAAUGACGUGUAGUAAUCUGGACUGUCAUCACUGUAUCCAUGUUUGUAAUUUCCAAAUCAUGACAACAGAGAAUAAAUCAUGACUUUGUGCACUA